AUGGUCAAUACAGGUCGUCCUAGCAGUGGUUGCGAGACAUGCCGCCGACGGCGAGUCAAGUGUGAUCUGCGCCGCCCUGGCUGCUAUCGCUGCGAAAAGCUUCGCCAGCCAUGCUCUGGCUAUCGGUCUCUAAACAGUCAAGACUCUGUGUUCCGCAUUCAGACUCAGUCUUCAUACGGUCCUCGCAGCUGGCAGAAGCCUUCUGCACGCCAUCGGCCCAAGUCGCCGAGAGUGGAACGUCUACCGGAAAAAGAAGACUUGUCUGUAUCGAUAUGUAGUCCUGUGGGCUCCUGGGAUUCGCAUGUCAUACCUCUCAUCUUAAGCCAAUUCUCAGCGUCGAUACCGGAUGGGAGAGCAAGUCGUGUUUAUAGAUCCCUUGGGUCCACCUUCGAUCUUCUACAAAGUGUCGAAUCAGGAUCACUACUUUAUCUGGCCUCUCGUGCUGUGGGCUCUGCCUACUUCGCGAACAAAACGCGAUCUUCUAACUUUACCUCAAUUCACCAGCACUUGUACGGCAAAUCUCUGCGUGUUUUAAAGGAAGCCCUGCAGGACUCACGGAUACGGAAAGAAGACUCCACCUUUAUGGCUGUUUGGUUCCUUGGCCUAUAUGAGUUGAUUGUAGGUGCACCACCUCCCGAUGGGACGGACCUUGGCCCCUCGAGUUGGGAUGUCCAUAGUCGUGCUCUUAUAUCUUUUAUACGCAUGAGAGGCCCCGAACAAUUUAAUUCAAAAAGAGGUUGUCAGCUUUUCCAACUAGCCUACCAUAGUAUUGUGGGUCCUAUCUUCAAGCACCAUUUUCCCUUCUCCUUACUGACGGUUGCACAGCAAGUCCAAUACCUACAAACAGGCUGCCAUCCUCCGCCAGAAGCGACUGAGUGGUUUAACAGCACCAAAGAUUGGAUCUCCACGGCUAAGAUCAUCUUUGUGCCAUUGUUCUCCUACUGCGACAAAGCUGCGCGACUCUGCAGUAAUACUCAGCAUUUGAUCCAACAAUUCUCUCCUGAAAACGUUUUUGGGGUCAUACAUAAUAUAUUUGAAUCGUGCAAAGAACUGGAAAUAUCUAUGCAAGAUCGUUUCAGAGAAGUCAUCAGAUACCCAUAUAUGGUUACCGUUGCCGAAUCUAUAGAAAGUCUUAUGAGUAUCACAGUUGGCCUUCAUAUGCAAAACCACAUCGACGCCUGCCUCCUCCGGAUAGACCAAAGUAUGUUACAGCUUUUGUCUCAUCUUUCUGAGCAGCCUGGGCAUUCGACUGCUCAGCUGGAGGAAAUAGAGCGGCUACGACGACUCACCGUUUUGCAGUCACAGGGUAGGGCAGAUCGAAUUUUAGAGACUGUGCCCCGUCUUUUACCCCUCUCCAUCUCUAAUUCCAUGGGGGAAAACGGUAACUGGGCAAAUUCGCUGAGACUGCUAUGGCCACUUCGAUUGGUGGCGUCGUCGCCUUUCUUACUCGUUAGGCAGAAUGCAUCGGCUAGUUCUACCUUGGCGAGAAUCGGAUAUGAAGUUGGAAUCAUGCAAGCUGUGGGGGGCUACCUUCCUGCGUACCAGAAGCUUAUAACUACGCCCUGUCUACGAAGCGUGCCAUGA